AUGGGUUUAGAGUUUAGACCUAAAGCAGUAACAAUGAGUCAUGAGGAAAUCCCCUUGGUUCUUGCUAGAAUUUUUCAACCGAGAGCGAGAGAAAAACAGAUCGUUUAUUUUAGAUACGCCGGAUAUUGUCCUCAAUAUCGGUACAGAUGUGGCGAAACAUAUGGGAGUAUCACGCACAAGUUGCUUCUUGAUCCUACAGUAAAUCAUGCGGAAACGCUCAUUUUAUCAAACCGAGUCACCGACGACUACGAAGUUCAAAGACCACCGAAAAAUGACAUAGACAUAGUAAAUGCUCGAUACAAAAGGACUGAUCCUAUAUACGUUCAUCCUAUGUUACCUGGAUAUGAAGGUUUUACACCUAAACUGAAUGCUAGACACGGACAAAGAUAUACGGUACUUGCUACCGAGGGACUUGCUGAAUUUGAACGACAACAAUUAAACAACAAAGCUGCUCUUAAUGAAGUGAAAAGAAAAAUAGCCAUACAAGGUGGAUAUGGUGAGCCACGGAAUUUAGAGGAUCGUUUACUUAUCAAAAGUGAAUUCAAAUUGCCAAUGCUGUCGGUUCGACCAGAUUGCGUGGGCGUAAUGAGAAAUUUAUUUCUGGACGAGCAACACGAAAAACCCAGGGAUCAUGCCCCCUCUCCAUACUUUAUGGAUAAUGCAAAUCCGAAGAAGUAUUUUAUCAGCAGAUAUGCUGGUCAUAUACCCUAUGGACAUUCCCAUUUUGGAGCUUCGAAUAUUCCUGCUACCAACAGCGCGCUUUGCGAGUUCACUUCCAAUUAUCGAAAACGACAAAGCACAGAAUGGGCCCCGAUAACAAUUUCUCGACCUGAUCCACCGCUCAUGAUUCAACCAACAACGCUUUACCAUAAACACGUUGGUAUGAUUCCAAAUUACCUUGGACACGUUCCUGGAGAGACGUUCAGGUUCGGUAAAACCUUCGGAGCAGACACUAAGGACGCAAAACGAUGGCUUCGUGGUGAAUUUUCUCCGUAA